AGCCGUUGGCCCAAGGGCUCUAUUUUGGGGCUGCGGAGCGGGCCUUCGGCUCGGCCUUCGGCUCGGCCGAUGGAUGGCGAAGUCCAUGGCGGAGCGGCGAAGGCAAGAGAAGAAGGAGAUGGUGCAGUUGGUCUACGUGGGAGAGGUCAGAUGUGAGGAGGCGGUGAGGAAGUGGCGCGCAUCGCAGGCCAAGGUGGCUCGGGCUUCAGUUCGGAGGGAGAGGCAGCGCGAGGAUGCAGGCCCCAGCGCGGUUGCCGGGCCGUCGGUGGAUGAGUCCGCCAUGGCGCGCGUGGUGGACGGAUUGGCGGAGGCCUACCGAAGGCUCUCGCGGCCUGAGCAGUCGGGGCGCAGCUGGGCCUCUGAGCGAUGGGCGGCUUUGAGCCAGGUGCUGGCCAAGCUGCGAACGUUGGCGGCCAUCGCUCGCUGGAAGCUGGCUUACCCGGCCCAGAUCCUCUCCUUGGACCCGCAGGUUUUAGCUGCCACAGGUGUUGAGGAUGCAGCCUUGGCGGGCCAGGCUGUGGAUGCAGCAGAGGCCCUGGUGGAAGCAAGGGUCUUGCGUAUCGCCGUGCGGUUGGUCCAGGAUCAGAAGGAGAAGCGCAAGAAGGCGGCGAGCUCAUGGGUCUCCUCGGAGGUGGUGUCUUUGGCCGGGAUGGUACUGACGCACCUGCGCUCCAUCAGCUUGGCCCUGGAGAGGGGGGACCGAGAGGCCUUGCUCCCGGCCUUGGAGCAGAGCUACUCGGGCCUCGCCUCGGGCCUGGCGUCCCUGCGCCGGCGCUUGGGCGCAGAGGCGCGGAUCGUGUGCUUUUGGCCUCACAGGAUCCGUUGCACGCCGCUGCCAAAGCAGCUUGCAGUUUGGGCGUGACCUCUGCACACUCGCAGGGAUGGGCCUCGGUGAAAGAGAAGUUCUCCGUGCACACGCGCGCGCAGGAGCAGGCAACCCAAGCCAUGAAGGCGGACAGCUUCGCCCAGCUGCACCAGGCCACGCUGCUGACCAGCAUCUCCUCCUUCGCCGAGCUGGGCUUCUCGGGGUGCGAAGGCGUGGAAGAGCAGACCGAGCGACGCGUCCAGCGCCUGAUCGAGUCCAUCCUCAGCGACGUGGAGACGCGGGGGGAGAGUCAGACCGAGACAGCCACGUCGGAGUUUCAGCUGGCGCCCUGGCACGUGGAGUUCACAUCGAAGCAGCUGAAGGCAAUGCAAGAGGCGGUGGCCAGCGGCAAGCCCAAGGUGGCAGGGGCGCAAGCGCUGAUGCAGGACACGCUGAAUGGCUACUCCCAGCUUUCCUCAGCGCUGGGCCUCUCGUACAGCGUGGAGAAGGCCCUAAGAGCCAACCCUGCCAAGAUCCACGAGCAUGAGGCCUUGGUGGAGCUAGUGCUGCAGCUCCAGGAGGCCUGGCGCGACAGCGGGGCGCUGCUCACCUCGAGCCGCCAGGCGGACUUGGAGGCGUUGGAGCGCACGCGCAUGCGGCACAGCAGGCUGGUGGUGCGUGCCUAUCGGAUUGGUGGUGAGGAGAUGGCCACCAUGGUGCUGGCGCGCCUGCUGCUGGUUGACGAGAUGCUGCUGCCGCAGCACGAAAGACGCCUCACCGCAGAGAUGCCGUUCACCAUGGACAAGCCCUAUCGACUUUGCCAAAACGUGAUCCAGCGCUUGGACCGGCUCGGCAUGGUGAACGCCCGCCGUCGCCGGCGCUGGCUGCGCUGCCCCCAUGCCAACAUGCGUGUGGUCCUCGCGGGUGAGGUCUGGCGCCAGCUCAUGGAGCGAUAUCUCAACGCGGACCCGGCCUUUGAGCCGCUCAACGCCUGCAUCGACGUCCCACUCUCCUUGCGGGAGUUCCGCAUUGCCUCCGCUUUCCUGGAGCUCAGCCUCAGCGAGCGGGUGAUCGGACUGCUCUACGAGGUUUGCGCCGACACCACAGGCUGCGGUGGUGAGGCAACGUUGUACAGCCUUCAGAAGGUGCUGAGCCGCUAUGGCGCGCGGGGCUGCGGCCAGUGGGGCCGCGCCGCGGAGUUGGCCGCUGGCCAGCUGCGCUACAACCCCAGCCUGCCGCGCACGGCCACGGCCUCGUCGGACGAGGCCUCGAAGGUGACGCACACUGCCACAAUGGCUGGCCGGCGAAUGUCUGGAGUGCUGCAGAGCAAGGUAGCACAGAUGCAGCUGGCGCUGGAGCUGCAGGGUGAGGCAGCAGUGCCCACUACUCCGCCCCGGCCGACGCCCAUGGUGUGUCCCAGAUGCCUGAAGGCAGACCUGCCGACCUUCCCCUACGUCUCAGUUGGGGAGUUGCUGCGGAGCCAUACGGAAGCAGAAGGUAUGGACGACCGCAGCCCCGCCAGCAGCACCGAGAGCCGCGGCCACGAAGGCGACUCUGUGCAGGAUGAGCACCAGGCAGCGCAGGAGCUGGGCGAGGACGUCAUCCUCUCCUGGGCCACCGGCGUGCUCACGGACGGCGUGGUUCUGUGCAAGGACGAGCGAGGCGACUACUUCCGCUGGUUGGCCCGCAUCGUGCUAUACGAUAUGCUGGACGAGGAUGCCUUGCAGGACCGCGCCAAGUCCGGGGAGGACUCACGGCCGGUGAGUCGCGCAAAGACCGUGGCGGACCGUGCCAACAAGCGCUCGAGCCUGCUGGCGGCGGUGUCGGCUGUCGCGGAAAAGUCGGAGAAGUCGGAGAAGGUGGAGAAGCGAGGAUCCGAGGCCUUCAGCCGGGGCAACCUGGGGGGCACUGCCAGCCUGGCGUCGCUGAUGUCCAACAUUGUCGAGGGCAACGCCAAGGCACAUGCGAAUCAGAAGAAGAGGGCCGAUGAGGUCCAACAGAUGAGGGAGGCAGAACGGGACUGGUCUAUUCCCAUCCCUGACCUCUACCUGGCACGCAUGCGAGUGGAUUUGGGAGUUCGCUCGUCGAAGGACCAGGAUACGAGCUCUCUGAGGAGCAUCGUGGUGGGCGAGGAGGCCAAGGCUCGCAGAAGGUCCAUCGCACACAACCUGCUCGCCGAGUACGGGCGUGGCGCGGAGAUGCAGAAGCAGAGCCGUUCUGAGCGGGAGGCUGAGAUGCUACAGCGGCUGCAGCCCCUGGUUCCGGAGGCGGAGCUGCAGGGCUUCAGGAAGGAGUUCGCAAUUCUGGCACAGUUGCCGCCAAACCAGCAGGGCGUGCUGCUGGUAGCAGGUGCGGCCCAGCUGGCGCAGCGGGUGCUGGUGCCGCGCCUGCGGCGGCCGGUGCCCAGAGACGAUCAGGACGAGGGGGCUGCCGUGAAACAGGCGCUUCUUGCGAUGCGCAAGGACGGCCGUAGCGCCGCAGACAUGGCUGCGCAUGCGGAGGUAAGGCGCAUUGCCAAGGAAAUUGUGCACCUCAGCGCCAAGAACGCGUCCCAGUGCUACCACAACGCAGGCUUCGAUGAGGAGCGGAAGGCGCAGGUGGCGGCAGCGCUGCGGCUCCUGGAGCACCAGCUCUUCCACACCGACGAUUUGGGCGGUGCGCCCACCAGCCCUGCCACGCCCGCCACGCCGGCCACGCCCGCGGCAAAGCCCGCAACGCCGGCGAAGCCCGCCACGCCGGCGAAGAUCAUGGUGCCGCCGUCACCCACAGGUUUGCACGCCGAGGCGCUCGCAGAAGUCCCCGAGGACAAGCUGGAGGACGUAGCGCCGCUCUUGCUGGCCAAGGUUGCGGCGAAGCGUCUCUUGCAGCAGGCAAAACGAGAAGAGGAAGCAGCAGCCGCAGCUCAUGAGGUGGUCCGCAUUGAGCCUCUGCGGCGCAAGGCUCGUGUCAAGGAGAUGCAAAGCAAGACCGAGGAGCUCUCUGACAACCAGUCGGAUGACAGCGCACGCUCUGACUUGGCCGACUGCGGUCAAGGUGGCAGGCGCCGUUGGAGCGACCAGCGCUUGAACUCCUUGCUGCAGCGUGACUACUCGCCCAUUUCAGGAAGCCCGCGUGAGUCCGCCUCCUCGCCGAAAGCUCGCGGAACGCCCAAAGGCUUCCCUGUGCCGGAGGAAGAAGUUGAGUUCCGGCCCGAGCUUCUGGAAUGGCACCCCACCGUGAAGAACCUCUUGCAGUCUGUGUCCCAGCGCGGCAGCCGGGUGCGCUCGACGGUUCGGGCUGGUGAGGCGUUAAGAAGGUCAGCCAGUGAUUCUCGGGUCUCAUUGCCGUCCGUGGGCUCUGCCUCACCUUCAAGAGGUGUGGCCAGGAAGUUCAAGAAGGGCUUCCGGAAGGCAAAGGUGGACCGGUUCCGCGUGGAGGGAUGGAGAGCCAAAGUCGCUUCUGACCUGGGGAACGUUUCACUGGUGGUGGAGAAUCCAGGCGGGUCCGCUGAGCAACGGGCGCCGCCGUCUCUCGUUAAUGUUGAGCCUGGGGGAUCACCAAUGUGAAGCCUUGGGCGGAUUCAGGAGCAUGCGCUGCAUUUCCCGCUGGAUAUGUUUCACCAAGAGAG